UGUGUGUCUCUCUCUCUCUCUCUCUCUCUCUCUCUCUCUCUCUCUCUCUCUCUCUCUCACACACACACACACACAGGUACCCAGAAUUUCGCAGUUCUUGGUUCUGUAGCCAUCAGUCAUUCAAGAACCAUGCCAUUCUUCGCAAUCCAAAGGCUUCUGAAGCAUUAAUGAUUAACCCCUUAAUGAAAUCCACUCAAGACACUGCAACGAAAUGUCGUUCACGCUUCGAGCCAUCUUCACGAACAAGAAUCCCACCUUUUCUCCUGCCACUCUCUCCCCAACCCGUUUGUUGAAAUCUGUCAAUUUGUCAUUUUCAGCUACAAAAUCAAGAAUCCAUUUCCCAAAUCACAGGUUUUUGACAUCCCAAUGUCAGGUUUUCUCCAUCACAAGAAUUAAAGUCUCGUUGAAUGAGUCUUAUGGCACCUCAGAGAGCCAAGUUAAUGGCAGUGGAAGCACGUUGAAUCACUUCAGCUUCGAUGCUUUUCUUUCAACUCUUGAAUUCCUCAGCCUCGCUUCGUCGGCAGCGAUUUCAGUCUACGUGGCGCUGAGCAGUGGUGUACAACAAGGCGGGGUUUUGGGGCGAGUGGGAAGCAAGAUUUUGGUGUGGCAGUGUGUGGUUUUGGUGAGCUCUGUGGUGGUUGGGGCGGUGAUACGGCGGCGGCAAUGGAGGAGGAUUUGUGGGGCUGGGUUUUCAAGAAGCUCGGCGUCUUAUGGGGUUAAUUUGUUGGGGAGAGUGGAGAAAUUGGAGGAAGAUUUACGAAGCUCGGCCACGAUCAUUCGGGUUUUGUCGAGGCAGCUUGAGAAGCUUGGAAUUCGGGUCCGGGUCACCAGAAAAGCUCUCCAAGAACCCAUUGCCGAGACUGCAGCGUUGGCCCAGAAGAAUUCUGAGGCUACUCGAGCAUUGGCAGUACAAGAAGACAUUCUAGAGAAGGAACUCGGUGAAAUUCAGAAGGUUCUGCUGGCUAUGCAGGAGCAACAGCAAAAACAGCUUGAGCUGAUUCUUGCAAUAGGGAAAGCUGGGAAGUUGUGGGAAACGCAACGGCUACAAACCAAAGAUCAGAAUGUAUCCGAGACGUCUAAACCAGCAGUUGAGGGGCUGCCAAAUUUAGGAACAAACCAAAUUGAGGCUCCGGCAUUGAGAAGCCAAGCCGAUAACAAAAGGUCCUAGACUUGCAGAAGAAAUUUUGGCCGGAUUUUCAGUCUUCUUGAUGAGCAGAGACGAUUGUUUACUUCCCAUAGUUGAACUUUCAAGGUUAGUAUAUUCAGCAUCUUCAGCAUAUCAAACACUCAGCUGGAUUGACGUCUUCCAGUUUGUUGAGACGAGACGAGCAUUCUUUGUAAAAAGGGAUCACUGCAGUUUAACUCAGAACCUGGACUUGCAUACAGGUUGAUUUGUUCAGAUAUUUUGCUGUAUUUGGUUAUUUCUUUAGCAUCCUGUCUCAUUAUAUCUGAGUCAAAUUUUCACAACA